AGGAUCUGUACAAGGAGGCCAUGAUGGAGGAGCACCAGCCUCUUAUAUCACAGGAAAUUCCAAGUAAGAAUUCCGAGGAAAACGCCAUGUUGUUACGAAAUUAUAAAGUAGAAGACGAAGAUAUAAUGCAGCACUCUUCAGGAGAAAACCUUAAUUUGCAUCUAGGACUUCACAGUACAGAAUUAUCAUAUAAUGAGGAAACUUUUCCUCAACAAUCGCAUGUUGUUAUCACAGGUACAGCUCAGAAAGGGGGUAAAAGACUUCAGUGUGGUAAACAGUUCACAAAAAGCUUGGACCUUUCUACACAAAGAAGAACUCACACAGAGGAGAAGCUAUACUCCUGUUCAGAAUGUGGAAAUACUUAUAUACAAAAAUCCGAUCUUGUUAACCAUGAGAGAAUUCACACAGGAGAGAAACCAUAUUCAUGUUCAGAAUGUGAGAAAUGUUUUACACAAAAAUCAGAUCUUGUUAAACAUCAAAGAUUUCACACAGGAGAGAAUCCAUAUUCAUGUUCAGAAUGUGGGAAACGUUUUACACAUAAAUCAGCCCUUUAUAAUCAUCAAAGAUUUCACACAGGAGACAAACCAUAUUUAUGUUUAGAAUGUGGGAAAUGUUUUACACGGAGCACAAAUCUUAUUGCACAUGAGAGAAUUCACACAGGAGAGAAGCCAUAUAAAUGUUCAGAAUGUGGGAGAUGUUUUACAAAUAAAUCGGAUCUUGUUAAACAUCAUAGAUAUCACACAGGAGACAAACCAUAUUCAUGUUCAGAAUGUGGGAAAUGUUUUACACGGAAAUCACAACUUAUUGUGCAUGAGAGAACUCACACAGGAGAGAAGCCAUAUUUAUGUUCAGAAUGUGGGAAAUGUUUUACAAAUAAACCAGCUCUUAUUAUGCAUAAUAGAAUUCACACAGGAGACAAACCAUAUUCCUGUUCAGAAUGUGGGAAAUGUUUUACACGAAAAUCACAUCUUGUUGCACAUCAGAGAAGCCACAAUGGGAGAUGUCGUUAAAUCACUUUAAUUUCAGCUCUCAUUGAAAUGGCCUUCCUGAG